CGCGGAUAGUAAAGGAUUUCAGGUGUAUAUCGAGGCUGCAGCCACAACACCACAAAAUGGACCAAGAAGCUCAAGAUAAUUUCGGAGCACAACUAUGGGCGCAGCAGCAGGCACGACAGGCACGACAGGCACAACAGGCACAACCGGCGCAACAGGGACAACAGACACAGUAUGCACUGCAGGUACAAAUGGCACAGCAACACCCGCCCAUACUGUACCCGGGUGGUCGGCCACCCGUAUGGAUAACAAACGGCAUCGGCAGGCCGAUACCAGCAGGGCACAUGUACCAGAGAUAUAGAGGGGGGCCAGUAAAGGAGGAUACAAAACGGCUGUGUCGCUUUGGAUUUCAGCAGUUCCGAGAGACGGGUCAUCGGGUCUCCUUGAACGAAAUUGACCUUCCAGCCUAUGCAAAGGACAUGCCCCCAACCAUUUCCUGGCCAGCCACGUACACAGGCCCGAAGCCUUCCACCCUUUACCCGAACAUCCUCUGGCGUAAGCCUUUUGAGAAAAUUUUUGGCGGUGCCUUCCAGCCGGGAAACACGGCGCUGGAGUUCCUCGAGAAUGCGGAAGCGGUGACUGCUCGGCAGGUGAUGAAAGAUUACCUCCAAACCUACUACAACCUUACCUACGUAUCCGUGCUCGGAUGGGGCGGGAACGGGCUGGCGUGCCUGUUCCGGCAUCACGAUGGCGAGGGUCGUGAGAACGAGAUCGUCGUCAAGACGUCCCUGAGGGGUAGGAACGAAAACAUGAUCAGGGAGACGAAUUUCCAAGACAAGUUCAGGGACGCCACGCAUAUUGUCCAGCUGGAAGACUUGAACGAGUACCUCAAGCCAGGCGCCAUACCUCCUGUUCCGGGUUCGCCGCUGCCCGGGACACAUCCCGUCCAGCAGGCGCCGCAGGUGAUUCUGCUGGAAUAUCUUAGCCAUGGCAGUCUGGCACAGGUGAUAUCCAGCUUGCAGCAUAGGAAACUGACAGCCCCUAAUAGGUUCCUGUGGGAAAUGUGGAAAUGCAUGCUGAGGGGAUUGCUCGAGUUUGAGUACCCCCCCGAUCUAUACCCCUAUGACGAUGAUGGCCUUAUAGACUGGGCUGACAUGACUCUCCCGGGCGAAAACAAUGUCCACUUUGAUAUUGAUCCAUCCAACUAUAUGGUCGGUGACAUUUUUGACGGCCAUGAAGAUGACAACCACCCCACCGUCCCUGUUCUCAAGAUGUCGGACUUUGGUUGUUCGACAACCAUGGAUGACGAACAAUUCGAGAACCCGAAAGCAAUGUGGAAGUACAGAAUGUAUGGGAAGUCCAUGUUUUAUAUGCCAGAGCAGUUUACCGAAGAAUGGGACUACGUUCCCCAACUGCCGGGUGAACUGGACACUCGGGUGGCCGCAGGAAAAUUCACCUGGAAGUCAAACCUUUUCCAGGCUGCCCAGUCGCUGGUGUGCAUCAUGUCGGGAGACUAUCCCCAGAUGCCGCCCCAUCCAACAAAAGUGCCUUGGACGCCGAGCAUGACCGGUGUUGACGAAGAUGGCAACGACGAGCCGCUGGAAGAGCAUUGGUCGUACGGGGCUUACAUAUAUGGCCUAGAACAACACAUUGAUGGCCACUUGAAAUCAGUACUGGUACGUUGUCUGAUGGAAAACCCGGAUCACCGCCCAAACUGGAGGGAGUUGUUAGAGGACGCGGACACCGAGUGCGAGAGAUACAGGACUGAUGGAGAUGAAAUCGGCGACCACGACAACCGCGACUGGCCUAGAGGCUGGGAGAAAGAUGACUGGAAGGCUCAGGUCCCGUGGACAGAUGUUCAACUGGAGUCCUGGAUCAAGGAGGCAAUUCUGGAGCCGCCCGUACUGAACCCAGACCCCGCCGAUAUGCCUUCACCGCCUGAACUUCCCGCAGUGUUGGAGAGGAGGAGGGCGAUGAGGAGACAGCACCAGCGUCAAAGGCUCUUCAUGCAAUGGUUGAACACCCGACAAGCGAAUUUACAAGCCCACGUCAGAGCCAUGGGUCAAGAAGAGUACACCAACUACUUCAACGUGUGGUGCAAGCGCCGUGACAUGGAAGAGCACAUCGAGAAGUGUUACAAGGCCGCGGUCAAGCUCAGGGCCUGGGAAGCCCAGUUCCAGAUGCACCAGCUCCUCAGACCGGCAGACAAGCAGGGAAGGGCCUGGGCCGACUGGACGGCGCAGGCAAACGCCAUCCACCAAGCCCACCCGUUCAUCUCUUUAAAACCCGCCGACCGCGGCCCCUACGUCCGCAACAUCCAAAUAGCAAUCGAAAACUUCCGCAAGAUGGAAUUCAACACGUUUGUCCGCGAGCAACCCGAAAAGAUCAACCGCUGGGUCCAAGGUCAAAUCCAACGGCUAUCCCAAAACGGGCAGUUUCUCAGCCCCGCCGAGAUCACCAACAUGACGCUUCAAGCCCGAGCGCAACCUAUCUCUAUCCCCUUCCCUCAGACCCCGAUCAGGAAACGGAUCCGUAAGCUACAGCUGCAGGUGUACGGACCACACUGGCACCACGGCCUCAUGAUCGGGCAGGUAGUCGGUCUCGAUCCCUGUCCUGGGAUGGUGCCCGUAGGCAACAACCACGACAACUUUGUCGGCCCGCCCAAUCUCAGAUCUCAGGACGACCCGUUCACGCCCUGGCAAAGCCAAGCGGAACUAGACAAGCUGGAAGCAAUGCGCAAAAAAACAAUAUAG